CAGUCACCCCGACUAAACCAAAGAGCCGUCCUCACACCUGACCUCCCCCCCUCCUCUCUCCCCGUCCCCGCUGCUGUGAGUGCGUCCGCCGACGAGGGGACAACUGGGAAGGACAGAUCCGACUGAGGCUCCAUCGUCCCCGGAUCCACAGGCUCAGGCCCCGGCAGCCCCUCCCUCACCUCCAGUCCGGCCAGUGAAGGGCCACCUCUGACCCAGCUGAGAUGGCUCCCACCCUCGCCACAGCCUUCUCCCGCCGCUGGUGGAUGGCGGUGACGGCAGUCAUCGAGAACCUGCUCUUCUCCGCCGUGCUGCUGGGCUGGGGAUCCCUGCUCAUCAUGCUCAAGUCUGAGGGCUUCUACUCCUACCUGUGCCAAGGACCUGAGAACAGCUCCAGCCUUAACUUCUCCAAAGCCAACGAAACCAGCACGUCUGAGGAGUACCUGGAGAUGAACGGCUGGACCAUCUGCAAGGACCAGGACGAGAUGCUGAACCUGGCUUUCACCGUGGGCUCCUUCCUGCUGUCGGCCAUUACCCUGCCCAUGGGCAUCGUCAUGGACAAAUACGGGCCACGGAAGCUACGGCUUCUGGGCAGCGCCUGCUUUGCCUUCUCCUGCCUGCUCAUCGCCUACGGUGCCAGUGACCCCAACAAUCUGUCCAUCCUGAUCUUCUUCGCCCUGGCGCUGAAUGGGUUCGGAGGCAUGUGCAUGACCUUCACUUCCCUGACGCUCCCCAACAUGUUUGGAGACCUGAGGUCAACUUUCAUCGCUCUGAUGAUCGGAUCCUACGCCUCCUCUGCCGUCACUUUCCCCGGCAUCAAGGUGAUCUAUGAUUUGGGUGCCACCUUCAUCAGCAUCCUGACGGUCUGGGCCGGCUGCGCCUGCCUCGUCUUCCUCAACUGCUUUGUCAACUGGCCUCUGGAGCCCUUCCCCGGCCCGGAGGACAUGGACUACACGGUGAAGAUCAAGUUCAGCUGGCUGGGCUUUGACCACAAGAUCACUGGGAAGCAGUUUUACCGACAGGUGACCACCGUGGGGCGCCGCCUCAGUGUCGGCAACUCCAUGAAGCAGCAGCACCAGCCACCCAAAGACCUGGCCACGCAGGAGGCCAACAAGCUGUGCCUGUCCACCGUCGACCUGGAGGUGAAGUGCAAGGACAAUGUGGAGACUCAGUCCUUCAUGAAGAGUAUCUUCAGUCCCAUCUUUUUGCUGAGCCUCAUCACCAUGUGUGUGACCCAGCUGCGCCUCAUCUUUUACAUGGGAGCCAUGAACACCAUCCUGGAGUCCCUGACGGACGGAGACCUCAGCAAAGUGAGCGUCUACACGUCCAUCUUUGGCGUGCUCCAGCUUUUGUGCCUGAUCACCUCUCCGGUGAUUGGCUACGUCAUGGACUGGAAGCUCAAAGACUGCGAGGACGAGAAUGACAAGUGUGCCAAGAGGGAACCUGGUCAGCCCCGUCGCCCCAGCAAACAGAUCCAGAAGAUCACCAACGCCACCAGAGCUUUCAUUUUCACCAACCUGCUCCUGGUUGGCUUUGGAUUCACUUGUAUCGUCCCUAACCUUCCCCUCCAGAUCCUGUCCUUCGUCCUGCACACCAUUGUCAGAGGCUUCAUCCACUCUGCGGUUGGCGGCCUCUAUGCUGCUGUGUACCCGUCCUCUCAGUUUGGCAGCCUGACAGGCAUGCAGUCCCUGAUCAGCGCUCUGUUCGCUCUGCUCCAGCAGCCUCUCUUCAUGGCCAUGGUGGGACCCUUGGAUGGAGACCCUCUAUGGGUGAAUGUGGGCCUGCUGGUGCUGAGCAUGCUGGGAUUCUGCCUUCCCCUGUACCUGCUGUGCCACAGCCGCCACCUCCAGCGCCUCAGAGACGAGCGCGACGAGGAUCCCAAGAUCUACGUCAAGAUCAACGACGGCAGCAAGCCCGAGGCCUUCGUCUAGAUGAAGGAGGGAAAGAAAGAUGAUCUUUUAAAAACCAGAGACGAGCUACACUACACAAAGAGACAUACAGAAGAAGAGAGGGCAGGGCAGAGGGGCGAGACCCUUCCAUCCCUGACGGUGGAGCACCUCUCUGUUCACACCUCACAUUCCCCUGAAACACACCUUCACUCACGCCAUUUUACUGCCAAUCAUAUGCCGUCAAACACGACUGCAAGUCACUGUGACGCCCACUUUCACCCUCUAUGAUACACUGUGAGAAACCUAACACACACGCACACAUACCUGCUCAAGCCCCAUGGAGAGGUCCCACCACCUCAACCACAUCUCGAACCCAGGAGGGGACAGACUACUGGGAGAGACUUUUAAUAUCUCCCCAAAUGAUACCUCUUCACCUCUUUUUCCCCUCUUGUUCAUUUUUAUUUCUCUGGUUUAGUCUCAUCCAGAAAACAUAGUAGAAGAAGAAGAAGAAGAUGCCAGCCAAUGAAAAGCAGCACUGAGGAGACGUAAAAGAAAUCUCAGUGUCAGCAUUUUUUAAUCACUUUUAAAGUCCCCUCACAGAAACUGACUGUGGUGUUGAGAACAUGUUCAGCACAACCAUGACGAUCUUUGCUCCCUCGUUGGUCCGGGUCUGUCCGAGGUGCCACGCAAAGAGACAGAAGCGUCUCCCCUGGUCAUGGCAUCUCUGCUUCCUCUCACCAUAACAGUUCGGACUGAGACGCAAGUGUGUAUCAGCUCGUUCACCAGGUCUCACAGAUGAGUGGAGUAAACACUGCAUGUUACAUAAUGCAGCGCAAGUUUAAAAACUGGUUUCUGAGGCCAGAAAAACUGCAUUGCAUGAUUCCAGAGACAGAGCUGGUCCCAUAUUACUGUUUCACUUGUGCAGGAAAACACACUCAACUUGCCAUGACAGUUUUUUUUGUGUUUGGAAUAUGUAAUCUUUGGUUGUUUUUAAAUGUUUUCAAAUGUAUUUACUUGCAAUAUGAUCGCAGAUGUGUUGUUAAAUCUUUGUACCCUACACAUAAUCUGGCGAUGCGAAGGAGGAAGUGUCUUUAGAGUCGGUAGACUGGACAAAGAUAUUAUAGAUUGAUACGGUGUGUUUUUAAAGGUGGGUGGUCGCGGAGGUGGAGCCUCUGCGUCACUCUACUGGCUACACGCACAUACUCUUGAUUCGAUGUAGCAAUAAGUGCUUCUGUGAGGUGCUGGGCAACACACAGUCACACACACAGACAGGUGAUCGUGUAGAUUCUAUGGACUGUAUUUCUAAAUAAUAAAAAAAAAAGGUGCUAGUUGAA